CCAGUACCACCUGAACGCUUAUAGAGGUCACUAGUGCGUCGCUCCUCACCUGAACACUCCCAAUGCUUCACCAAACAUUACUAUUACUAUGGUGUGUGGUGGUGUGCGUGGCGCCUACACCACACCCGCACCACCACCACCCACACCAUCACCACUACCACCACCACACGCCGCCACCACCACCGCUCUCGCCUUCGUUUCAAGAUUUUGUGCUGUCCUCUAAAACAAGACUCGUGGGUAAAUUGUUUUAUCCAGAAGGGAUGACAGAGGAGAGCCUGCCGCAGUGUUCCCCGCGCGAGGUAUGCAACAAGGUGGACACUUAUGGCGAGCCGCGAGUGGAGAGGCAGUGCAGGUGUGGCGGGGGUGCUGCCUGCCACACCUCUCUUGACGAAGGAGAUGGCCACACUGUGCUUGACAAGACUAGGCAGUACAAGGUGUGCGAGCCCGUUGAUGAGUUGCCCAGGUGUCGGUACUUCCACGACAUCACCUGGACACUGGUCACGGCGCCGGACAACACCACGAAGCAGCUGAUGCAGUGCAGGUGUCCCCAGCACGCCGUGGCCUACAUCAUCAAGAGACACGCUUACAAGACGCCAAAAGGACCGGGGUUUGUUUACAGCUUCGCCUGCUCGCCUGAAAGUAGGCUGAGGUGCCAGAGGAAGGAGCCGUGUCGCCUCUUUACCGUCAAGAAGCGACCGGAAUUUGAGAAAGUGAACACAAACACACUCUGCCGCUGCCCUCAUGGCCACACCUGUCCCGACCACCACCUGUCCCCGGGCGUGCUGGCUGGGAAGACCUACGCUGAGGACGCCAUGAGAACCUACAGCGGCUAUUGUAUCUGAGGGUGUCUGUGUGUGUGUCUGAGUGUGAGUGAGUGAGUGUGUGCGUUAAUAUAUUUUUGUUUAUCUGUUUAUACAAUUCGCUGGUAUCGACAAAUAGAUUAUCCUUAACAGUGUGAUAUAUUUUUGCAUUGGUUAUUUCGUGUUAGUAUUCAUUGACACUAUUGUUCUCAGUUUUAUUAUAUAUCUGGUUAUUUUAUAAGUGUGUGUGUGUGUGUGUGUGUGUGUGUGUGUGUGUGUAUUACCACUCCACGUGUUCUUCUUUCUUUCUUUCUUUCUUUCUUUCUUUCUAUAUUUCUUCCUUCCUUCCU